UUGCUCUAUGACUAAACACGUCAUUUGCUCUAUAACCUAAAAAUACACUAUAAAAUAGCUUUUAUUGGAAUUUCUAAGCGUAACUUGACUAUGAAAUGCGGGAUUUUUUUUUGGAAAAUUCGCAAAUAGCAGUUUUAAUCAGUUCUUCAAAGUUCAGCAUGACAGAGAGACUGCUCAAUAAUAAGAGGGUUCACUCUAACAUAAUGAACUCCUCAAAUCAAACAAGUCAAGAAGACAUUGAUGUCUGCAGUCUUGAAAGCUUUACCUCGGAUCCUUUCAUGGCAUUGGCUUUCCUCAUCCCUUCCCUCUUCUCAAACCUGUCAGCUGGUGUUAUCAGACUCUACAGGAACUCUGUUCCAUUUGCCAAGAUGAACAUCAUCUUUAUCAUCAACUACUACAUAGUGGAGAUGUUCAAUUUGUUUAUAUCUCUAAUUGCUCUCAGUGGCAUGUGGGUAUCAAUCAUCUGUAAACUACCACUGUUUCUUGGAACUAUGGUGAUGAAAAGUUUACAUUGGGUUGCAUUAAACAUGAUAGGACUAAACAUAGUCCAGGCUGCCCUCAGGAUGCUUUUGGUUCUAAAGUUUGACCAAAUGAUGGAACUAGAACCAGAGCAAGCUGCUAAACAACUGUUUCUGGCAGUCCAACUUAUCUACAUACCCACCACCAUCAUCAUCACAGUAAUAGAUCUCCAAACAGGGUUCAUUUCUCCUUACCUUGGAUACCUCCUCGGAUCGCGAGCAUCCAAUGGGCAUGAUAUUGCCUGGUACACAACUGAUGUAAAUGCCAUGCUCGCACUAACAGGCACAGUAUUUGCCUAUACCUUCAACACUCUGUAUCUGAAGAGAAAGCAUGCCCUGAUAAUUCGUCGUGAGAUUGCUCCUCCUCAGCAGAAUCUGAUCAGCCUAAAGAAACUGAUGGUUGGGGCACUUGCGUUGGCACUGCUUGCUCUGGCUGUAUUUGUAAUUCAAACCCUAGUCUCUCCAUGUAACAGGCAAACAACCCAGCCCUUGUUAGUAUGCUGCAUUGUAGUAGGUAUUCAGCUCUUCUAUUCCAAGAAUGAGAGUGCAUGGAACCACUUUAAGCAAGUUCUGAGAGUUAAAAGAGAUAAUCUAGAAUUUUCAACUUUUAAUUCAAGGCAAAUGUUUGGAAGAGGGAACAGGAUCUCUUUAGUUGCUUAAAUUGACAGCAAGGAUAAUUUAAAGAGGCCCUUCAUGCAAAUAUGAAAAAGUUUAAUUUAAGGGUACCCAUGUCUGAUCUGGAAUGAAUAAGAUUUCCUUAUUCUUGUUUCUUUUAACUAUAUUGUCACAUUUUUAUCAAAUUAAGGUUUCGGAGCAUCUUUUAGAUUCAGACAUUGCCAUCUUUGAAUGGAGGGUCACUUGAAAUUACACUGAGGUGGAGGAAAUUAUUAAAAUGAACAAGUGUCAUAGGUUCUCAACUUUCAACCAAUCUCUACUUAGUAUACUUCAAGAACUGAGAUACUUUUAUUGAGGACAUUUAAAAGAAAAAACUAGAAAGAUAGACUAAUCAACAAUAAUCUCACUCUCUUGAUAUUGUAAACUUUCCACCAUUAACAUGCUUGUGUAAUUCUAGUUUUUACUUCAACGUAAUGAUUCAUAUCCACUUGCUUUGAGCUUGACACCAUUUCAUUGUUGUAAAUAAUCAAAAAUUAUUUCCUUUUGAAUAUUUUAUCAAGUAAUAAACUAAAAAAAAAUGACCAACAAAUAUGGAAUAAACCAUUGGCAAUUCAACUAAAGGACUUGGAAAUUUAAUUUUAGACAAGAAAUGAAUUUUGUAUUUGAAGUUGAAAAAUCUGGGAACUUAAAUGUGUUGUGAUAUAGUUUGUAAAGUAAACCAAAAUUACUGAAAACUGCAUAAAUGUUGAUGUAAAUUAUUAUCUAAAAUGUAUGUAAAGUUAUUUUGUUUUAAUUUUAAAAUCAUUCGAAGAUUAAGUGAUAACUACUAAUAGUUGUACAACAUUUAGGUUGAAGGUCCUUGUAUCAAAAAUUAUUUGACUUAGAACAUUUUAGUCUUAAUUAAAUCUAAAAAACUACCUUCCAGUCCAUUCAUUCCCUGGCAAGAAUUUAAUUUUUUAUGUGAAAUUGAAAAUUCUUAGGAUCCAUUAAAAUGAGUUGUGAAAAGUUUGUAAAAUAA